AUGCUGCACAGUGUAGUGCAGAUUUCAUUAAUUCUAUUUUCUUUAUUAAGUUUAGGUUGAACUGAAAGUUUUUUAUGAAAUAAUUAAAGUAAAUCCUUAGUUUUUAAUUGAAAUAUUCCAUGUGGUUGGAAAAGUAUAAGCGGGCCGCGUGAGCAAAUAAAUCGCGAUGAGUUCCGUGUGUUAUAACGGCGGCGGCGACAGGCUCAUUCACGAGGCGGAUCAGCUUAUAUCGUAUAUAGAACGAGGGUCUACGGUGCUGCUCUUCUAUCCGCGGAAGAGGCCGGACCAGCGGACGCUGUCGGUGAGGCGUGAGACGCAUCAGGUGAUUUGGUAUCGGUCGUCGAAUGGCAGCCAGCAAAGGCACGCUUAUGAGGGUGCCCUCGACAUCCGGGAGAUAAAGGAGGUCAGAGUGGGCAAGUCUUCGAAGGACUUCGAGCGCUGGCCCGAGGACACGAAGCGUCUGGAGAGCUCCAAGUGCUUUACGAUAUAUUAUGGCACUGAGUUUAAGUUGCGAUCUGCCUCAUUUGCUGCGCAAACGGACAAAGACUGCGAGGCUUGGGUGAAGGGAGUCAGAUUCCUGGUGGAUGAGGCAAUUAAUGCCCCGUACCCGCUGCAGAUUGAAAGGUGGCUUCGGAAAGAGUUCUAUGCCAUAGAGAACUCACAUGAAAAAAUAUCUCUGAAAGAGGUGAAGGCUUUCCUGCCAAAGAUCAACUGCAAGAUAUCGACGAGCAAACUGCGAGACAUAUUUCAGGAGGUGGACACAAACAAAAGAGGCGAGAUCAGCUUUGAUGACUUCUCUACACUGUAUCACAAGCUCAUAUUCGAUGAGAACAACGUCCACGACGUCUUCGACAAGUACUCGCUGUACUGCGCCAAUGGGACAACGAUAACGCUACGCGAGUUCCAGAAAUUUCUACUGGUGGAACAACAUGACCGUAUGGGGGAUGACGAGGCGAGGGCGUCGCAGUUUAUACGGGACUAUCUCAAGGAUCCUCAGAGGGAUUGCUAUGAGCCCUCAUUCACACUUAUUGAGUUCAUCGAGAUGCUGUUUUCGAAACACAACUCCAUCUGGGACUCGCGCCACGACCAUGUGACGCAAGAGAUGACGCGCCCCCUCUCACACUAUUGGAUAUCCUCCUCGCACAACACGUAUCUAACCGGCGACCAGUUCUCAAGCGAGUCUUCUUUAGAGGCCUACGUGAGGUGCCUGCGGUCCGGGUGCCGCUGCAUCGAGCUCGACUGCUGGGACGGCCCCGACGGCACGCCCUUCAUCUACCACGGACACACGCUCACCACCAAAAUACGCUUCAUGGACGUACUGCGAACCAUCAAGGAACAUGCCUUCAUUACAUCAGACUACCCUCUCAUACUAUCCAUAGAAGACAACUGCUCCUUACCACAGCAAAGAAGAAUGGCUGGCGCGUUCAAGGAUGUCUUCGGAGACAUGCUCCUAACGCAACCUUUCGAGAAAAAUGAAACCAGCCUCCCGUCCCCUCACGAUCUGAGACGCAAAGUCAUUUUAAAACACAAGAAACUUCCCGACGGCGCUGAGGAAAACUCCUUCUCUAUCAAACAGGAGGAGGGUAAAGAGUUAGACUUAAGAAAUACUAUCAAAAACGGGAUUUUACUAUUAGAGGAUCCAGUAGAUCGCGAAUGGCAUCCUCAUGCGUUCUUCCUAACUGAAAAUAAGCUGUAUUACACGGAGAAUUAUAAUACGCAAGUUGAGACGGACGCGGAGAGUGACGGUGAAUCGGAGACGGAGAGCAACGCCUCUGUGCCUCAGAACGAAUUGCAUUUCGGAGAGUGUUGGUUCCAUGGGAAACUAGCAGGGAACAGACAAGAGGCAGAGGACUUACUAAGAGCCCAUGCGCAUUUGGGUGAUGGUACGUUUCUAGUGAGGGAAAGCGUGACGUUCGUGGGUGAUUAUUGUCUGUCGUUUUGGAGGCAAGGCAAGGCGAACCAUUGUCGGAUAAAGUUGAAACAGGAGCGGGGGCUGACCAAGUAUUACCUGAUUGAUUCGAUUUGCUUCGACAGCUUGUAUAGCUUGAUCACGCAUUAUAGGCAGCAUCCGCUGAGGAGCCAGGAGUUCCUGAUCACCCUAAAGGAGCCUGUGCCCCAACCGAACAAGCACGAGGGCAAGGAGUGGUUCCACCCGCACCUGAACCGCGCGCAAGCCGAAGAGCUGCUGCGGAAGGCCAACUGCGACGGCGCCUUUCUGGUGCGCCCCAGCGAGAAGGACCGCGGGUUCGCUAUUAGCUUUCGGACAGAGAAAGAGAUAAAGCAUUGUCGGAUAAAGCAAGAAGGCAGGCUGUACGCCAUAGGUACAGUCACGUUCGAAAGCCUGGUCGAGCUCGUCUCCUACUAUGAAAUACAUCCGCUGUACAAGAAAGUACGCCUCUGGUACCCGAUAAGCGACGAUAUCGUUAGGAAGAUUAUAUCUGAACCAGACGACAGUUCCGUGUAUGGAACCCCCGGCUACAUGGACCCCACCUCUUUCACGUCCAAGGUGACCGUGAAGGCGCUAUACGACUACCGAGCCCGUCAGGACGACGAGCUAUCGUUCUGCAAGCACGCCAUCAUCACCAACGUGGACAAGCCCGACGCGGGCUGGUGGCGGGGCGACUACGGCGGCAAGCGGCACCACUGGUUCCCGGCCAACUACGUGCAGGAGAUAGAGACCAGAGUACCGGACAUCGCUAGUUGCCUAGAGACCGACGCGAGCGCCCUCGGUUCCUGGCAGAAGGGCGUGGUGGACGUGAACGGGGCCAUCGUGGACUUGUUCGUGGGCGAGGAGGACGGCUCACCGCGGUGGCUCGUGCGGAUACAGAGCCCUAGCAUGUGCGCGCCGUUCGAGAUGCGCGCGCCUAACAACGAGCUCGCACUCGAGUGGCUUUCAGCUAUCAAGGAGGCUGCACAUAGCGCAAGCGCAAGGUCUCUUCAGCACCGCAAAAUGGAACGCACCUGGCGUAUAGCUCGCGAAAUGUCCGACCUCAUAGUGUACUGCCGCUCCGUGGCGUUCAGCCAGGACCGCCUCCGGAACAAGGGCUUCAUCUUCAACGAGAUGUCCUCCUUCCCCGAGACCAAAGCGGAGCGCCUCAUGUGCCAGCAAGACAACAACUUCUUCCUCAAAUACCACACCAUACAACUCAGCAGGAUCUACCCCAAAGGCCAACGCAUAGACUCCUCAAACUACAGUCCGGUCCAAUUCUGGAACUGCGGCUCUCAAAUGGUGGCACUCAAUUACCAGACCGCUGAUAAACCGAUGCAAUUAAACAUGGGGAAGUUUAAAGAGAACGGCGGUUGCGGGUUCGUGUUAAAGCCCCAGUUCAUGUUCGAGGAAGGCUACAACCCCUACGACAAGAGGAGUAUAGAGAGGAAAGUGACUCCUGUUACGGUGAUGCUCAGAGUUAUCGGGGCGCGGCACCUGUGCAAGUCCGGGCGGGGCACGGCGAGCCCCUUCGUGGAAGUGGAGAUCAUUGGCGCUGACUACGAUUCAGGGACAAAGCUUGUCACUAAGACUGUCGCGGACAACGGCAUAAACCCGAUAUGGAACGACAUAUGCGAGUUCGAAGUGUUCAACCCCGAGCUGGCGCUCAUCCGAUUCCUCGUGCAGGACGAAGACAUGUUCGGAGACCCCAACUUCAUAGGGCAGGCCACCUACCCCCUCAAGGGCCUACGGACCGGGUACCGCAGCGUGAUCCUGACCAACGGGUACUCCGAGGAGCUGGAGCUGUCAUCUCUCUUAGUUCACCUCAAGCUGGUCCCAGGUCGCUGAUCAACCCACGCAGCCACCCUCAAAAGUGGCCACCAACGUAAACAAUACUGUGCUACAGCGUGAGACCUUAACUUUAACAUCUGACAUACUAAGGGCCAGUUGCACCAACCACACUCGACAGACUGAUCAACGUCAGCCGGCGCGCCCCGGCGCUUUACUAUGAAACUUUCCGUACAUACAAUUUUGCGAACUCUUUAACGAUACGUACAGUUUGGUGCAACCGACCCUAAUAACUUACAAAGAACACUGAGCUCCGAUGGAAUUCUUUAUAAAAUGCAUAAUCAAAUCUCAGCGACGCUAUCGAUCCAACUGAGUAAAUCCAAGAUGGCGCAUGCCAAGUGAUAGUGACGGGGCAUGCUCCGAAAAUAGUAUUAUGUUUGUAAAUCGUCUUUUCAGUAGAUAACAGUACGUAUACAGGGUGAAAUAAACCAAGAGUGGAGAUGUGAAGACUAAGAAAUCGUGCCCCCGAUUUGGGCAGCUAAAUUAGAUGGUGCUGUGUGGAGCGUAUGGCGACAUAUAUUUUGUGGUAGCUGAAUCUCCCAAGGUCAACUUUUGAGAGCCAGGGUUACCACGUAAUGUACGGGGCCGUAAAUACGAUACAUUAACUGUCAAAUUCGAAUCACGAAUUUAUCCUUUACAUAUCUUACUCGUAUUUAUUUACAUAUCUUACUCGUAUUUAUUUUCAUAUCUUAGGGUGGUAUUCCAUCUGUCCAAUAUUUUAGUCCAAUGUCAUUGCGUCUCACUCUCUCAUUAAGCAAAAUGUGAGACAAUAUACACAUUGGACAAAGAAAUUGGACAGGUGGAAUACCACCCUUAAGUUAGGUGUAUGAGGCUCGUACGCCAGAAAGGAGUAGAUUGUAGAUAAUAUUAAAUGUAUCAAAUGAUGUACAGUCAACUGUAAAAAUAUGGGUGUAGCCAACUUAUUCAAAAAUAUGUCCCAUAGUUCUUAAUUCGGUGACAUAAGAGCUAUGGGACAUAUUUAUGAGAUGAUUUGUGCACCCAUAUUUUUGCAGUUGACUGUACUGUCGAAUGACCUGUACAGUGGCAAUGUGCCGCCUCAAACUGGCACAGAAUUACGGUUCAAAAUUAAAUGUUAUGAUAGAUAUUUAUUCAAACCAGCUACAACGGUUUUACUGAAAAAUCAGGUGCUAUCGAGAUUUCAAAUAUUAUCGUAGAUAUAUUUACAGAAUAAUUGAAGGGAUGUUUACAAAAACAACGUAACUGACUACACUGGUUGACACCUGAAACGAUUGACAAUGUUCUUAAAAAAGUGUCAACCGCUCUAAGCAGUUAUGUUGUUUUUGUAAACAUCCCUUCAAUUGUGUUAGUGCUCUUCUCCCAACAAGUUUGUCAGUAGAAAACGGCGCGACACUCAAAUUUUCUAUGGGACGAUAUUUCUUCGCGCCUACAUUUUAUAAAUUUGCCGCUUUUUUUUAAAUGGCUUGACAAAGUGUAGACUAACUACUCAUAGAAAGUUUAAUCUUUUUUUAAAUAUGGUAUCACUGUUAUACCUUAGGAGAGUUAGAACGACAUAUUAUUGUCAGCUCUUUCACUCAGGUUGGUGCCAUUAGUUAGCACAUUACGAAAGACAUAACGCAAAUAAUUAGCACCGAAUGACUCACUUAGAAUUUGUCGUGAUUUUGAGCAGAUCAUUUCACUUGCCGUAUUGUUAGAAAUCGUACUAAACUUAUUAGACUGAAUUUACUAACUAUUUACUAAUUUACUAAUCCACAGGGCAGUGAAUAAUAAUCAAUAGGUAAUGUUACGCGAAACUGCGUAGGGCCGCUAAGCGCCAUCUCGUGUAGCUGUCAAAAUCGAGGCAUAAAAUAGUAAACGACUCCACUGAUCUAGUACGAUUAAUAAAUCUUUGAUGAAACGUCGUAAGCAUAAUAUUAUAUUGCGUAUCUAUUUAAUUUUUAAUGUCAACAGUCUGCUAUAUAAUAUUUUUUUAGCAUAAUAAUUGUAUAUAUGCGAUAUAUAUGUAGAUUAGAUGUAUAUAGUUUUUUGACGCUUUUAUAUGUAAUCAUUUAUACAAUGUUAUGAAAAAAUUAUACGUAAGUAAUGUAGUGUUAUUAUUAAAUUAAAACAAUGUUUUAAAUUAUUAUUAUACGAAAAAUAUGGAAUUACUAACUCACAUAUCCGUUUCUUAAGAUUCAUACAUAUUCAUAACCAGAGCUCGGCAAGGGGUGAGCCAUUUUGACGUCACUUAUGUCAAGUGUAGAUAUUAAUAUAGAUACACCUUAGAAAUAAAUAUUAAAAUAAAAGAAAAUAAAACUUUAUUAAUUAUAAUUAAACUAAAAUGACACUGCCUUAUGUACAAAACGAGUAGGUACUAAGUUGUACAAACUUCAAUAUUAGCAUAUGGAUGGAUAUACAUAUUAUUUGAAGAGGUUUGCUAAAAAAACUUGCUAUAAAAUUCAUUUGUUUUAAUGGCGACGUAAAGAUCGUAGCGGAAAGGCAGCCUAAAUAAAAUAAUUUCUUUAGUUAUUAAUUUACAAGACAUAUACCAUCGAAUGACAAGGCAUGUCCAUGUUGUGCAAACUCUGAAAACAGCUCACCCCCGCCGAGCUCUGUUCAUAACAAAUGCAUAAACAUGAUUGAUUUUGGAUAAAUAUAUUUGCUAUCAUAAUUGCGGCUACAGUUAGCAUUAAAAGUAGCGAAAAAAGCAUUAGGUAUCUAAUAUUUUCACGUCACAAUUUCUAUAGUUAAUGUAAUGGGUAAUGAAAGUGAGCGAUUUAAAGCCAUUAAGUGUCGCAAUGAUACGAGAAGUUUACGAUACUUAAAAGUCAUAAACAUAAACAUGAAAUUUGAAAUGGAAUUGAAUACAGCGAGCACUGGAGGCCGGCGUGAGCGCUAUAGUUAUAGAAUAGGAGUCUCUUGGAGAAGAGACUGCAAGGUGGAUAUUGAGGAAAAGAGGAUGGCCCUUUAACUUUUGACAUACGCACGAAAAGUGCUAUUUUACGCACUAGUGCGGGAAAAUAGGACCAUAUGUACUGUAAAAGAUAUUUUCAUUAUCUUAUACCUUUAAGCGAGCCGUUCUUGUAUAUUUAUUUAUACAUAAGUGUAUAUAGGUAUUUUGGGGAUUUCGGCUCUAACGAUUUCGAUGAGAUUUGCUAUAUGGGGAUUUUCGGGGGCGAAAAAUGGAUCUAGCUAGGUCUUAUCUCUGGGAAAAUGCGCAUUUUUUAGUUUUUUUUAUUUUCCGAGUAAAGCUCGGUCCCCAGAUAUUAUAAAUUAACUACCUAGGGUAAACAAUAAACAUGGAAUAAAAUCAGUUAAUUACUGAUGAUAAUUAUAGUUGGCGAGGAAAUAACCAAUUUUAAUGCAAUAAAUAUGUUUAAUAAAAAGAAAUCUAAAUAUAUAUAUAGAACAAUUAAUUUGUGACAUAUACUUUUAUAAACGCGAACUGUAAUUUUAGUAUCUAUAUUUUAAUUAGGAAAAGUAUUCCAGGGUGACAGACUCCUGGAAUUUCAACCGCUACUAUUGUUGCUGACUGUACCAUUUUUUUUGAAAUUAUAUUUUUUUAUUUAACAUUAAAGCUCUCUUUAACUAGAUCUGUUACUCGUCAUAAGAAACUAUUAAAAGUAUUUACCAGAUUCUUAUCAUUCAAAUAAGUAAUCUUUCAUCUUGCAUACCAUCACGCUCCGCGAUCGUUGAGACAUUUAGGGUCCUAGGUAAAUUGGUUGUUCAAUACUUCCGCUAUGGAAUAUCCAAUUUAGCUAGAACCCUAAAUGGCAUAACAAUCACAGAGCGUGACUGUACGAGUAAAUUGGCCGUGAACACGAUAAAUAUUUCUGAUUUCUGAACAAAAUUGACGACGGUUUCAUUAAAUUUUUCAUUAUUUAUAGUUACGACAAUGCAAGCGCUAAAGAGAAAUAUAACAACAUUUAUUAUAAUUUUGAUGGCGUUGCAUACGAAGAGAAUAUGAAACCAUAUAAAGGAAAUAAAUUAAUGUUUAGUAUUAUUGUAACCUAUACUGCCUAGUAUUUAUAACAAACUCGCACUAAUUAUAUUUUACAAGUUAGAGACUUAAUGAGAGAGCUAAUACAUAAACUUAAAUGUUUAAUAUGUAAGGCACCUGGCCUACACUAUAUUAGGUAUUUUUUUUAGUGUGUGAUUUGAGCCAUCUAUUGGUCAUAUUAUUGUAAAGUAUGCUAACAAACAAACGAAAUAUCCAGUAACUAACGCACAAAAAUUAUAUAUAACUUAUAUGGGACCUAAGUGUCCUAAUCUAAAUUAAUACGGGACUAAGUACCCUAUAACUAAAAAAAAACUUCUGAGCGUGUAUAAAAAAUUGUAUUGAUAAAAUUUCUAUAGUACAUAGUUAGAAAUAAAUAAAAAAUUAUACUGCUAGAUCUGUUUUGAAAUAUCUGCCUUCGAAUAAAAUAUGAUAUCAGAGUUAUUGUUUUCUAAGCUCUUUUCGAGGCACGGGAAUAAUGUUAUAGUAGUCGUGACUUUUAGGGCUGAUUUAGACGGCGCGCGAACUCGUAUGCGAUUUUACAUUGAGGACUAUUGGUUACAUCCAAUUCUGCCGACCAAUCAAAUACCGCAAUAUAAUGAAACUCACACGCGAGUUCUCGCACCGUCUAAAUGAGCCUUAAAUCUUUGAACGCCUCGCCUAUGCUAAACCUUGUUGAAAUGCACGAAGGUUGAAAAUGGGGUAUAGUCGCGGAGACGGUCUAGAACGCAAAAUGACUAGUGUAAUAUUUUGCCUAUAUCGCUUUUAGUCUACAUCGCGAACGGUCUAGAAUGCAAAAGCGGUCUAGCGAGACAAACUCUAGUCAUUUUGCGUUCUAGACCGUCCGCGAAUAACCCGAAAAUGGGCUGCCCCGCGCGUCAGUCGUCGUCAUCGCCGGUCAAAGGGUUAAUAAGGCAAUGGAUUGUUGAAUGUUAUUCAUUGAGAAGUGACCUUAGAACAGUCUAUGUAAUAUUGGUGCUAUUGAAAAAUGAAUUACAGGUGUUGUAACUACAACUUUGAAUUGAUGCCUUCAUAUUAGUGACAGUUGUCUAAAUAUUUUGAACUUUUGCGCCACUAAAAUAAUGUAGUACGGGGUAACCCAUCAAUAUGUAUUGUCAUUAAUUUGUUAUUAGGUAGCAUUGGUUUGAUCAUAAUGAACUAUAUUUUCCUUACAAGAUUAAAUGUGCACAUAAGAUUGACGCUGACUAUACAAUGUUUAAUAAUAUAGUUUAGUUAGAUUUCAUGGCAGUGAAUGGGUUAUAACGACCUAAUUUGUUAUUGUAUCGGCCUACUGAAAACUUUAUACAUAUAUCUAUAGUCAGUCCCACAGAUAUGGCCAUGGAGAUUGCAUUUAUUUUGUUUUAUUUCCAACAUUUCAGUUUUAAAUCGUUUGGACCAUCAUCGCGUUUUUAAUUUAAACGUCCGACCGUAAACCGGUAACGUAAACCGAAACGUAAACCGGUGUUGUAAAACUUAUAGUUUUUUAACAUUACAAGUCAAUUUUGCAUACUGAAUUAAGUUAAUGUAACGAUAAGAACCUACAAAUAUGCACUCUUACCCCCUCAUUCAUAAACGCGCUACAAACCUCGAUUAGCUAAUAAUCGAUUGUCUUUAUCUGUCAUUUUACUUAUACAUUUGUAAGAAAGGGAUAAACAUAAUUUAACUAAACCAGGCCUGUAAAGUUUUGUGAGUAAGGGGGUUAGUUUUUAUUGAUUUGGGAUUCACUCUUACAUGUCCAACUUUCCAUUUUAAGUGUCAAAUGUUUAUCAUGUCGAUACUCACUGUGCAGUCGCAUUUAUUUUAUACAUGCUCGUAUAAGCGUUCCAAAAAUAGAUAUAGACAAUUAUACUGAAAACAAUCGAUUUUGUGUGGAAUCUUCCAUUAUAAGCAAUGUAAUAAUUUUGUACAGUCGACGUCAAUGAUAUGUUUACAAUUUUCGCCUUAUUACAAAGUAGUAAGGUGCAAAAGUGUAAACAUAUAUUUGACGUCGACGUACAUGCAGCCGUUAGACCGAAUUGCAUAUAUAUUACUGCAUUUAUCCAAAAACUAAUUAUAUCAAAAAUAUACACGCGUACGUACGAUAUACGUACGCAAUAUACACGCGUACGUACGAUAUACGUACGCAUAUUUCGUAGGACUUAGUGUAAUAGAAAAAUAUUUCUAUGGUCUGUUAUUUUAUUAGUAAUUUUUUAUAGUAAUAAGAACGAGGCGGCAGCUUGCGCUCCCGAUCGAGUAUUUAGUUUGACGUAAUAAAUAAAUUUAUUGAGA